AUGCAGACUAGGAAGCAAAAAAAAAUAGAUCAAAGACUAGCACAAAACACUAUACAAGUAAUUCAAAUGGGAUCCUUUAUGGUGAUAAACCACUUUAAUUAAUGGAAUAUUCAAAUUCAAUAGGAAGGGUGGGAUAUAGUGUUAGAAAUAAUGAAAAAGGACAUCAAUCCUGAAAAAGAUGAAUAUUUUGACAUUGUAACAGAAUGGAUGUAGCAAAAUGGGAAGAAAAUUAUUAAGAGUUUUCUAAUAACUAGGAGACGCACUAGAAAUGAAAUAACUUAUGGAUCAUUCGAUGGGUUGGCCCAGAAAAAGAAAAUGGGAUAAUAAACUUGCUUAAAGAAUCCCAAAUCAUGGAUUCUUUGAA